UGAACAGAAGAAUUUUCAGGUGAAGAUGUUGCUAGUGACAGUUUUGUUUCUCCUGUUACCACGUGCUUCCUUAUUAUCCUUUAACUCUUCCAGUUUCAACCCCAAUAACAACGACAUACAAUGCAAUGGAUCAGCUUACCCUACACAAUCAUCCAUCGAGUUAGUAACCAACCAGAAGGAUGAAGACCAGAGUAACCGUGCGGGACGAGCCACAUAUCAUCAACACUUGCACUUGUGGGACAAAGCCACAAGGAAACUGACAGAUUUCAACACCAAUUUUACCUUUGUGAUUAACUCACUGGGCAGCACUAAUUUUGGAGAUGGGAUGGCAUUCUUCUUGGCUCCUAUCGAUUCACAGCUUCCUGAUCCGCCAAAAGUGGUAGGAGGUUCAAUGGGUCUGCUAAUUGGUGGUGAAGAAACGAUACUUAAUUCAACAGAUCAUCCAUUUGUUGCUGUGGAGUUUGAUAUCUAUCCAAAUACAGGCUGGGAUCCUCCGGGUGUACAUGUAGGUGUCGAUAUCAAUUCUAUUAUGUCUGCUAGUACUGUGCCAUGGUCGGCUAAUAUCACAGGAGGGGGCAAAAAUGAAGCUUUCAUCAGCUACAAUUCAAGUAUACAUAAUUUAAGCAUCUCAGUCUCUAGUUUUAUAAAUAACACCAUGAAGACGCAACGGCUUCAUCUGAUAGUUGACCUACGAGAGUACCUGCCUGAAUGGGUAACUUUUGGUUUCUCAGCUGCCACAGGAUCUUCUUUCGCAAUACACAGGGUCAGUACAUGGAGUUUCUAUUCACAGGAGCUGCCAAAUAUUACUCCCAAUCCAAGUCCGAGUCCAAUCGUGAGCACAAAUAGAAAUGCGGAUGCCACAACACUUGCAAUUGGGUCAGGGGUUGGAGGGUUUGUUUUAGUUUUUGGGGUGGUGUUUUUUGUCACGUGGAAGAACAAAAAGAAAAAGGAAAAUGAUGACUCUAAUGAGAACAUGAGUGACGAUGAUUUUGAAAAUGGAACAGGACCCAAAAAGUACUCAUAUGCUGACCUAGCAAGUGCAGCAAAUUAUUUCAAAGAUGAGCACAAGCUUGGACAGGGAGGAUUUGGCGGUGUCUAUAGAGGUUUUCUCAAAGAUUCAAACUCCGAUGUGGCCAUAAAGAGAAUAUCAGAAGGUUCUAAACAAGGGAAGAAGGAUUUUGCUUCAGAAGUCAAAAUUAUUAGUCGACUAAGGCAUCGAAACUUGGUGCAACUAAUCGGUUGGUGUCAUGAAAAGAAAGAACUGUUGCUGGUUUAUGAGUAUAUGCCAAAUGGAAGUUUAGAUUCACAUCUCUUCAAGGACCAGACGUUGUUGACAUGGUCAGCCAGAUUCAAAAUAGCUCAAGGUUUGGCCUCUGCGUUAUUGUACCUGCAUGAAGAAUGGGAACAAUGUGUGGUUCAUCGAGAUAUAAAAUCAAGCAACAUCAUGCUGGACUCCAACUUCAAUGCAAAACUUGGAGAUUUCGGGUUAGCAAGACUUGUAGACCACGUGAAAGGAUCACAAACUACAGCUUUGGCAGGAACUAUUGGAUAUAUGGCUCCUGAAAGUGUCACUACUGGAAGGGCUAGUAAAGAAUCUGAUGUGUAUAGUUUUGGAGUUGUUGCUUUGGAGAUAGCUUGUGGAAGAAAACCCAUCAAUCAUGACGCUCCAGAAAAUGAAAUAAACAUAGUAAAUUGGUUAUGGCAUCUCUAUGGAACUGGGAAAAUUCUGGAAGCAGUUGAUUCAAGGCUUGAAGGUCAUUUUGACCAUGAUCAAAUCAAAUGCCUCAUGAUCGUUGGGCUCUGGUGUGCUCAUCCUGAUCAUACUCGUAGGCCUUCAAUAAGGCAAGCCAUUCAUGUGCUUAACUUCGAAGCUUCACUUCCUAGCCUUCCUUCAAGUUAUCCUAUGCCAACGUAUAAUGAAUUUCCAACAUCAUUGUCAAUCCUAUCAAGCGCCACCAAUGCUUCAGAGGCAAGUCAAAACUAGAAUAUAAGCUGUAGCUCCUCGUACACAAACUCUUCUGGUGUUACUAUAGCUUCUGAUGAUUCGCCAAGUGUGUCACUUUUAUAUCUCACAAAAAUUAAUUGUGGUUAUUGUACGUUUUGGGUUACUGCACAAAAUCCCUGAUGCAUUGUUCUCAUUUCUUGUAUGUAUGUUACAGUAAUCUAAAAGAA